AUGACAAAUCGACAGUUACGUUGUCUGCUGAUUCUUAUAUUAUGUGUUUCAGUUUUGUAUAGUGUCUAUUCGGCGUAUUGGUUAAUUAAAAUAAAAUAUAAUUUGGAGAAGUUAGAGCGACCAGACAAGUACAAUGAACCGAAAGUGAAUAUUUUGGGUAGUUUCAAUCAACAGAGCCAUCCAUAUUUUUCGGAGCCAAUUAUAACUGUAACGCCUUAUAACAAAGAAAUGGAAUGGAAUGAAAUUGCGAACCCACCUCUACCGUGGUAUUUCAAAGAUGGCACAAUAAGACCAACCAAAGCUCGAUUGUUCCCAUCAAGGUCUUGGUUAAAACUUUCACAAGUGUGGCCUAAGGAACAAAUAGACAGUGAUCGAGUGGAAGAACAAUUAAUGUUUGUGCCACCACAUUACGAUCAUACCAAUGCACAAAUCAAGUCAAUUUUAUUAUACAACAAUAUUAAUGAAUGGAUGGUUGAUAGCGGGCAAAACGAAUUCGUUUCAAAAGAUUGCCCAGUAAAUAGGUGCACAAUUACUACAGAUAAAUCAAAAAUCUCAAACAUGGAUUCAAUUUUAUUCCGAAAUGAAUUCUCAAAUCCAGGUCACACAAAGACCGAUAAACAAAUAUGGAUUUUGUUUACUGUCGAGUCAGCCUAUUAUACAGAUCUUAACGUUAACCAUGAUUUAAUCAACUGGACUGCUACAUAUCGUCAUGACAGUGAUAUCGUAACGCCUUACCAACGAUGGGCUUAUUACGAUCAGUCAGUGACUCAGGUUGAACAAUUUAAUCGAAAUUACGCACUAAAUAAAACGAAACAAGUGGCGAUGAUUGUUUCAGAUUGCAACACCGAUAAUGACAGGGAACUAUUAUAUGCUAGAGAGUUGAACAAAUAUAAUAUACCUGUAGAUGUGUAUGGUGACUGUGAUGAAUUAAAAAAAAUUGAACCUGAUAAAUUUCUACAAAUGCUGGACCAAGACUACAAAUUUUAUUUGGCUUUCGAGAAUUCAAAUUGUAUCGAUUACGUGACUAAAAAGUUUUUUGUCAACGGACUUCAGAAUAACGUUCUACCAGUCGUGAUGGGAGCUCGCCGGGAGGACUACGAACGGAUGGCACCUAGACGGUCGUACUUGCACGUGGAUGACUUCGACUCGCCCAAACGGCUAGCCGAAUACCUGAGGAAGUUGGACGCUGACGACGACCUGUACAACGAGUACUUCCGAUGGAAGGGCACUGGCGAGUUUAUCGACACAAAGUUCUUCUGUCGGCUGUGCGCGUUGUUGCACGACGACGAAGCGCCGGCCAAGCACUACCAGGACUUGGAGCGCUGGUGGCGUGGACCAGGUGUGUGUGAUGAGCGUGGUCCCGAGAUCCCGACACAAUUGUCGCCGCCGCCGAUAGCGGAUAAUAACAAAGAAGAACAAUGA